AUGAGGACCUCUUUCUUGAUUGGCUCUGCCGUUAUCGGCGCUGCUUCUGCAUACAAGGCUACUACUACUCAUUAUUAUGAUGGGCAGGAGGGUGCUUGUGGAUGCGGCUCAAGCUCUGGUGGAUUCCCAUGGCAGCUGGGCAUUGGUAACGGAGUCUAUACCGCCGCUGGUUCUCAGGCCUUUUUCGAUACGGCCGGUGCAUCGUGGUGCGGCGCGGGCUGCGGUAAAUGCUAUAAACUGACGUCGACGGGAGAGGCACCUUGCUCUACUUGUGGCACAGGUGGUGUUGCUGGCCAGAGCAUUAUCGUGAUGGUCACAAACCUGUGCCCCUAUAAUGGAAAUCAGCAGUGGUGCCCAAAUGUCGGUGAUACUAACCAGUAUGGUUACAGCUACCACUUUGACAUAAUGGCACAGAAUCAGGUCUUUGGAGACAAUGUGGUUGUUGAUUUUGAGCCUAUUGCCUGCCCGGGCCAGGCUGUUGCUGACUGGGGAACUUGUCAAUGCAAUGGAAUACAAGAAACCGACACCACGCCCGUCCUAGGCGAUGACACUAGCCUGCCUCCUCCCGCCAGCAGUUCGAGCUCAAAGCCGGCGGCAUCAUCCACAAAGCCAGUGACAUCGUCUGCAAAGCCAGUGACAUCUUCGGCAAAGCCAGCGGUAUCAUCGACACCGCCAUCCACCGGUGGACAACAACAAACACUCUACGGCCAGUGUGGAGGCAUUGGCUGGACAGGUCCUUCCGUUUGCCAGCCUCCGGCCACCUGCAAGUCACAGAACCAGUGGUACUCUCAGUGCCUUAACUAA